AGCAGAUCCCAGCGCCCUGAGUCCGGGAGCGGGCGGGACGCUCUCCGGGUCGCUUACUCUGCCCCUCCUCGGCCGGGGCAGAUCCUCCCGGCCCAGCUCGAACAUGCUGGACGGCCUGAAGAUGGAGGAGAACUUCCAAAGCGCCAUCGAGACGUCAGCCUCCUUCUCCUCGCUGCUGGGCAGAGCGGUGAGCCCCAAGUCUGUCUGCGAGGGCUGUCAACGGGUCAUCUCGGACAGGUUUCUGCUGCGGCUCAACGACAGCUUCUGGCAUGAGCAGUGCGUGCAGUGCGCCUCCUGCAAAGAGCCCCUGGAGACCACCUGCUUCUACCGGGACAAGAAGCUCUACUGCAAGUAUGACUACGAGAAGCUGUUUGCUGUCAAAUGUGGCGGCUGCUUUGAGGCCAUCGCACCCAACGAGUUUGUUAUGCGGGCCCAGAAGAGCGUGUACCACCUGAGCUGCUUCUGCUGCUGCGUCUGCGAGCGGCAGCUCCAGAAGGGCGAUGAGUUUGUCCUGAAGGAGGGGCAGCUGCUCUGCAAAGGGGACUACGAGAAGGAGCGGGAGCUGCUCAGCCUGGUGAGCCCAGCAGCAUCAGACUCAGGCAAAAGUGAUGAUGAAGAAAGUCUUUGCAAGUCAGCCCACGGGGCAGGGAAGGGAGCCACUGAGGACGGCAAGGACCAUAAGCGCCCCAAACGUCCCAGAACCAUCUUGACAACCCAGCAGAGGAGAGCGUUCAAGGCCUCAUUUGAAGUAUCCUCCAAGCCAUGCCGGAAGGUGAGGGAGACCCUGGCCGCAGAGACAGGGCUGAGCGUCCGCGUCGUGCAGGUGUGGUUCCAGAACCAGAGAGCUAAGAUGAAGAAGUUAGCCCGGCGGCAGCAGCAGCAGCAGCAGGACCAGCAGAACAGCCAGAGGCUGAGCUCCGCUCAGACAAAUGGUGGCGGGAGCGCUGGGAUGGAAGGGAUCAUGAACCCCUACACGGCGCUGCCCACCCCGCAGCAGCUCCUGGCCAUCGAGCAGAGCGUCUACAGCUCAGAUCCCUUCCGACAGGGUCUCACCCCACCCCAGAUGCCUGGAGACCACAUGCACCCCUAUGGUGCGGAGCCCCUUUUCCACGACCUGGAUAGUGACGACACCUCCCUCAGUAACCUGGGUGACUGUUUCCUAGCAACCUCCGAAGCUGGGCCCCUGCAGCCCAGAGUGGGGAACCCCAUCGACCACCUGUACUCCAUGCAGAAUUCUUACUUCACCUCUUGAGUCCUCCCCUCAAGUCCUGUGGCUAGGCUCCUGUGAUGGAACCAGCCGUGUGAUGUGAGGGGUCGGCUGGCUUUUGGAGGGGAGGCCAGGGAAGAGGUAGGGUGGGCAGGGAGCUUUGUCGGGGAUGCUGUUGUAUCAUGCUGUGGUGUAGCUCGGCAUUUCCAAAGACUGAAUACAUUACGGAUUGCAUAGUUUAAUGUUUCUAAUAAGAGUCUUAGUGUUAGGUAUGAAGAUGAGUUUAUCCUUAAGGACAGGGACUUUUAAUAUAGGCAUUCUCAUGCAAACUAGGUACCUAGAGACUCCUAACAGCUUCCUCCCAUUGAGGGAAGCUCUUGUUGAGAGGUGCAUAUGUCUACCCAUCCACACACCCAUAGACAGACAGACAGACAGACAGAUAGAUAGAUGUGUGCGUGAGUGUGAUAUACCUUUCAAACUUUAUCAUCAAAGUUUAUUCCUAAUUAUAACAGACACCAACUGUACAGCAGAAAGUAACUUUAUUUUCAGUGUGAACUAUAUUUAAGGAAAUGCUUGAUGCACUUAAGUUAUAAAACGAGAUAAUUUACUUUUAUAAACUUUAUUUUUAGUUGGAAGAGAUUUGUGGGCAGGGCAGUGAGAGCUGCUCCACCGAGGCCCGUAGCUUUGAGUGCUUGAGUCAGUUCUGUUUUCAGAGAGUGUCAUCGGAGUCUGGAGAGCAACUCUGUGUGGCUGACAGCCCUCACCCGUGGAUUCUUGCUGUUUGAGGUUGAACCACUGGGCUUUGAAGGGACAGAACAAUCCCUGAUCGUGUCCUUCAAGAACUUAAAGCCUAGACUCUGGCUUUUCCUUGAAAUGUGGUCACGUGGCUCUUGGGUAGCACUGGGAAAGUCAGUUCUGCUCUUGAACUUCAGUAUCUGCAAGUGUGGGAUGAGGCUGAUAGCAUGUACCUACCUCACUGGGGACACUGAAGCUUAAUUCACCCCCAGGACCCAUGAGCAGAGCUGAAACUAACAUCUAGUAUUUGCCUAAAAUCCAACGAGCCCAACCAGCCACUUGGCAAAGGAGGACACCUGGGGCUGCUGAGCAAGGACUUGAGGGUCACUCUGCCUGCCACAGCCCCUUCUGCAAAGCCUGGGCUGCAGGCACCAGCUCAGGGCAGCUCAGGGGGGUGCCAGAGGCCUUCAGUGGGGAGGCGGCUGUGACCGAUGGGCUGCACAGGGCAUCGUGGUGUUCUAGACCAGGGGCUGGCAGACUGCAGCCUACAGGCCUGCAUUUUAUGGUCUGCCCCCUAAGAAGAGUCUUCACAUUUUUAAAAAGUUGUAAAAAAACAAGAAGGAGAAGAAUAUGCAACAGAUUGGAUGUGGCCCAGACAGCCUGAAACAGUUACUGUCUGUACUGUCUGGAUCUUUAUAUAAAAAGUUUGCUGACCCCUGUCCCAGAGGCUCUGUUUGCUAACAGCCUCUUGGAGCUUAUAGAGACAGAGGGGGUCCAGGUGGAGACCCAGGGCUCCUCCUUCCAGCGCUUUCCUGACGCUGCACACAGAAGACCCAGCUGCCAUUGUACAUGGGGACAGUUCCGCCCCUGUCCUCCCAUGUGGUGCUAGGACGGGCCACUUCUGUGGUAGGAGGCUUCCUGAGAAACCAGAGCGGGUUGAUGGGGAAGACGGAGGACAUCUCUGAGAGGGGCCAGGACAGGCUCGGCCUCACUCCUGGGGAUGUCACCCAUCACCAGACCCCGGACCCAACCGCUGGUCCCCAUCACGCUCUGCAUGGCCAGAGGGGACGCGCCCCCUGAUGGGCUGAGUCUAUGUUGUGUGAUUUUUGUGCUCUUUUUUUUAUAAUUUAUGCAAACCACCAAGAAACCCAAACCAGUCUGGUGAGUGAAAAUCGUGCAGAUGCUGUAAUGGCCCUGCGGGCUUCCGUGGUGAGGAUCAGUUGGAGAAUGUAGCAGACUCUAUGUGAAUGAGAACGAAUGAGAUCCUUACUCCACUCCUUAAUGGCGUACCAAGAUGAAAUUAAAAACCUCUUACAAA